CAAUGAAGUGGCAGGUUUGUGUUUGAAAUGUGUAGAAAUUAAUUGUUGGACGUUUGUUAUAUUAAAAUGAUUGUAAAUCAGAUAUGUACUAAUUCGUUAAAAAAUUUUGGACUUAAUGCAACUUAUAGCAAAAUAUAUAGAUGUUAUGGCCAGUAUUUCAAAAUUAACUGCAUAACUUCGACUGUUUUACUACAUAAAUCCUAUCCUUCGUACAUAAAUUAUUCACACGUAACACAAUUAAGAUAUUCCCAUCAAGAAAAAACGGAGCAUAAACAAAAAUCGACAGCCAAAAACCUAGGUAUACCUCCUGGAGUUUUAGGGGACAAAAUUAAAAAACCUAUUGAUGUGCCUUUAGAAAAGGGGAAAAUUAGUGAGCCUAUGAAAACAACCCAACCAGCACCAUUAUCGUUGAGAGAGAAAUUAAAGAAAGCUGUAAAAGAAUAUGGUUCGAUAGUAAUUGUUUUUCAUGUUGGAAUUUCUUUGAUUUCUCUCGGAACCUGCUACUUAUUAGUUUCUGCAGGAUUGGAUGUACCAGCGUUAUUUACAUACUUUGGGCUUAAAGACUGGUUUAGCAACAACGAGAUAGCUUCAAGUGCAGGAACAUUUGCAAUCAGUUAUGCAGUUCACAAAGUUUUUGCGCCAGUACGUAUCGGAAUUACUCUUGUAUCUGUUCCGUUCAUUGUGAGGUAUUUAAGAAAAAUUGGAUUUUUAAAGAAGUAAAAAAAAUAAGCUCAAAGUAGGUCCAUUUUGUAAUACUUGAUAAAUUUAUACAUAUGUUAAAAAUAGGGAAUAGGGAAUAUUUAAAAUUCGACUGCAUCUCAUUAUUAUUAUACAUUGUUAAAUAAAUGUAUGUUUUACUAAUAUUUUUACUUGUCAAUCUUAUGUAGGUACGUACAUCUAAAUGACUUGUAUUGCAU